AUGAAGGGCAUACAAGUAUCACAAUAUGUCAAGAAACUUGACGACCUGAAAGUCACCACACUUGCAGACCCUGUGCCGGGCCCCAAUGAGUAUCUCAUCAAGGUCGAGGCAGCUGCCACCAACUUCUUCGACAUCCUGCAGGUCCAGGGUAAAUAUCAGCACCAGCCACCGUUUCCCUGGAUUGCAGGCAUGGAGUUCGCCGGCACAGUGCUUUCCACACCAUCCGCGAGCUCCAACCCAAAGUAUCCGGUCGGCUCGCGCGUGUUCGGUGCCUCCCAAGGCGCAUACGCCACACUCGCCACCGCAGCCGAGGCGAACCUGCGCCCGCAGCCCAAGGGGUGGACGUCGACGGAGGCGGCCGGGCUGUUCGUCACGGCGCCGACGAGCUACGGGGCGAUGGUGGUGCGCGCAGGCGUAAAGAAGGGCGAUUGGGUCCUGGUGCACGCGGCCGCGGGCGGCGUUGGGCUCGCGGCGGUGCAGGUAGCCAAGGCGUUCGGUGCGACAGUAAUUGCUACGGCCGGGACCAAGAGGAAGCUCGAGGUCGCGAAGCAGUUUGGGGCGGACCACGUCGUUGACUACAAGGACGAAAAGUGGCCUGAGGUGGUGAAGAAGCUCACGCCCAAGGGGCGUGGAGUAGAUAUUGUCUACGACCCGGUUGGCAUGGUGGACAAGAGCACCAAGUGUAUCGCCUGGAACGGGCGCAUCCUGGUGAUUGGAUUUGCGGCCGGGGCGAUCGAGAAAGUGGCUAUGAACAAGGUUUUGUUAAAGAACAUCUCCAUCGUGGGGAUCCACUGGGGCAUGUAUUCGAAAAUGGAGUCCGAGACAGAAGUGAGGGUGUGGGAGGAAAUUCUGCAGCUGGUCGAGGACGGCAAGUUCAGGGGCACCGAGUUUACAGACAAGGAGUUUGUGGGCCUGGAAAGCAUACCAGAGGCUCUGAUGGCUCUUGGAAGUAGAGAGACCUGGGGCAAGGUCGUGGUCAAGGUGCCUCAGGACGGCCAGGCGAAGCUCCAGUCCAGCGCCGACAAGAUGAGCUUCGCUAUCGAGGUGCCUGGCGAGGCCAGCCCCCUCACCAUGCAGGAGCUCUGCAAGGCCCUGGAGGCUGCCACCUCCAUGGAUAACAGCCAGAGGCAGGCCGCCGGCCAGCAGCUCAGCACCUGGGAGACCCAACAAGGCUACUUUCCCUCCCUACAGAGCGUCUUCCUUGACAAAUCGAUCCCACGAGAGAUUCGCUUCCUGGCCAUAAUACAGAUCAAGAAUGGAAUCGACAAAUACUGGCGCCAUGUUGCCAAGAACGCCAUGAACCCCGACGACAAGGCACUCAUAAGGUCAAGAUUGUUCCAAGGCACCUUGGGAGAGGAGGACAGGGCUUUUGCACUCCACAACGCCCUUGCGACCGCCAAGGUCCUCCGUAUCGACUACCCAGACUCAUGGCCAGAGGCACUUCCGAGCAUCAUCGACCUCCUGAGGACGUACAAGAAUGGAGACCAGAUACUCUUGGGUGGUGCUUUGGUCAUUCUCCUCCGGGUUGUCAAGGAGCUCGGCACUGCUCGAAUGCGAAAGUCCCAGACAGCCCUUCAGUCCGUCACACCUGAGCUGGUCUACCUCCUUGGCGAGAUAUAUACGGAGAGAGCCACUUUGUGGACUGAAUGGCUGGCGAAUGGACGUGGGGACGAGGAUGCCGCAGACCUGGCCAUGCAAAACAGUCUGUUCGCGGCAAAAAUCCUACGGCGGUUGCUGAUCCUCGGGUACGAGAACCCUGUUAAGGAUAAGGUUGUCGUCGAGUACUGGUCCGUCACCCAAAACCACUUUGGCCAAUUUUUGGGCUACGUGAGCCACGAUUCCGCUGUCCCUGCUCCCUACCAAGAGGUUGUGGGGAAGCAUCUCCUCCAGUUCACAAAGCUGCAUCUCGAAAUGUCCGAAACCCAUCCUGCCAGCUUCCCUCUUCUGCCAAACUCAAUCCCGCUCGUGCUCGCGUACUGGGACCUCGUAGCCAAGUUUGCCGAGGUUUUCGACAAGUCCGGCGGCCUGAGACAGACAACGACCGCGGAUGGAGCCGGCGCCAAAUCCAAGGUUGAGGGCCCGUUGCUAGAGAAAUUGGCCCUCAAGGGUUUGCUGUUGGUCAAAAGCUGCGUGGCUAUCGUCUGGAAGCCUGUGCAGACUUUCAAGUACCUUAGCAGAGAGUUUUUGGAACAAAAAGACAGAGCUGUCCAGAUCAUCAAAGACGAGUUGCUAAAAGACGACCUCGUCAUGCAAAUCGUCAAUGCCAUUAUCACGAAGCUUCUGAUCUUCCGCCAAGCUGAUCUUGAGGCAUGGGAAGACGACCCGGAGGAUUUUGAGUCUACGGAACAAUAUUUGGGUGAUGUAUGGCAGUUUGCUGUGAGGCCAUGCGCCGAGCGAGUAUUUCUGGAACUCUUGGUGCACUACAAGACCCUCUUGACACCCCCUCUACUGUCUUAUUUCCAGCAAGCGACAAGCGCCGAUUCGGACGUUAUCACAAAAGAAGCCAUUUACACUGCAAUGGGCGCAGCCGCACCUAAUAUUUCGGAAGCUUUCGACUUCGACAACCUCCUCACGACAACGCUCGUGCAAGACGCACAAUUCACUGGUCCACUGGCUAAGGUCCUCCGACGGAGGAUCGCGAUCCUGAUCAGUACCUGGGUGCCGGUCAAGAUCGCUGACGCGAGUCGGCCAUUGAUCUUCGAAAUCUACCGACACCUUCUUAACAACAAAGAUCAGAACAAUGAUGAGGUUGUCCGGCUCACCACUGCGAGACAAUUAAAAGAAGUGGCCGACGACUUCGGAUUCCAAGGCGACGUGUUUGCGAAAUACGCGCCAGAUUUCCUCCCUCAACUUAUCGGCCUACUCGAAGUCACGUACCUGGAGGACACUAAGCAGGCUCUCUUCGAGACCCUUCGCGUGUGUAUACAGAGGAUGGAGGAACACGUGCUCCCCUUUGCGGACCCCAUUAUGGCGGCACUUCCGGAUCUGUGGGAACAAUCCAAUGAGGCGUACAUGGUCAAGGCUGCCAUCAUUGGGGUUCUGUCAGCGCUGGUGAACUCGAUAGGAGCUGAGUCGCAACGCUUUCAGCAAGCAAUGCUCCCCAUUAUUACUCAAUGCAUGAAUGACAGCUCAAGUCAGGCUUUUCUCGAAGACAUCGUGGACCUCUGGAGGUCGCUCAUCACUCAAAGUGCCUCUCCAUUGUCUGCAGAUAUGAUCAGCCUUCAACCCAUGAUACUUCCUCUUCUGGAUAAUGAGCCUCAGCUGGCCGAGGCGGCGUAUGAAAUUCUGAACGCGUACAUUGUCUUGGCUCCUGACGCCACAUUAUCAGACAAUUUGCGAAGACGCACUUUGGAGGCACUGGUAGUCCCUCUCCAAUCAUCUGGUCGAAGCCGAGGCGCCGAUGUCUUGACUAGCUACAGGAAGAUCGAACUCAUGUUCCUCGCGGCCUCAGAGCUCGGCGGCUCAAACGGCGCGUCUGUCAUCACACAGGACCUCGUCGAGCUCGGCAUCGUCCAACUUAUGCUCCAGCGCAUCCACACCGACUGGGAGCGGUCGCAACUGACUGGCCCCAACGCGUCGAACAAGGAGGCCCUGGAAUGGUCGCACAAGCUCGCCUACUUCAGCAUCCUCGCCCGCAUCGCGCUCGCGGACCCCAGCCUGCUGAUCAACGUCAUCUCCACCGUCGGCGCCGACAUCACACAGGUAUGGCCGUGGCUGUCAGCGCAGUGGUUCGGCUCGUUCGACAGCAUGGCCGACAUCGAGCGGCAGAAGCUGUCGUGCAUGGCCCUCACGCGGCUGUGCGAGCUGCCCCAGCCCGUCCAGGACCUCGCCUGCUCCAGCCUCCAGGACUUCUUCACCAUGUGGCCGUCCGUCGUGCUCCAGUGCCACGACGGCAACGCCCUCGGCGAGGACGGCCUGGUCUGGGACGCGCCGCCCCAGUCGGACGAGAGCACGCCGCUCGAGAACGCCGAGGCCGCCCUCGUGGCGAGAGACCCGGUGCACACGGUGCGGACUUACGGGUUCGUAACGGAAAGGCUGCAGGGGUUGGUGCAGAGGGCCGGCGGGGAGGCCGCCUUCAGGGACAACUGGAUGGUCAAUGUGGACAAGGACGUGUUGGAGGGCUUUGAGAGGUUGGCUAGCGGUGCCGGUGCACAGUAG